AUCAAAGUCAACGAUGUGACAUCACGCGCAUCACGGAACCCUUGUGCCGGUAUUUAGUAAUAUAUAUAUAGAGAGCCUCUUCGCCUUGGCGACGCCGUGGAACAUUCUGUUCGAUGUGCCAUCAUUGCCAUUCCUAGACUUGGAGACUCGAAGAUCAACUUUUGCCUGUCAUGAAGAACUUUGUCAACGCUGCUGUCGCUGCCCUCGCGGCUCAUGGUGCUUCGGCCCAUUAUAUCUUCCAACAACUCUCUGUUGACGCUACCGAAUACGGGCCAUUUGAAUAUAUCCGGCAGAACAGCAACUACAACUCCCCUGUUACGGACCUGACUUCGAACGACUUAAGGUGCAAUGUCGGCGCAGAGGGUGCUGACACUAAGACAGUAGACGUGAAAGCUGGCGAGCAAUUCACUUUCACCCUAGAUACCCCCGUGUAUCACCAGGGACCGAUCUCUAUUUACAUGUCGAAGGCUCCGGGCGCUACCUCAGACUACGACGCCAGCGGCGAAUGGUUCAAGAUCAAGGAUUUCGGUAAGUACUGUUCACUCAUUCAUUUUAAAGACGAUUACAACUCACUCGUGAUCAUAGCCCCUGAUUUCUCCAGCGGUGAGGCAGUAUGGGACAUGUCUGGCUCUUAUACAUAUACCAUCCCCAGCUGCAUCGAGGACGGCGAGUACCUCCUGAGGAUCCAGUCUCUGGCCAUCCACAACCCCUGGCCGUCGGGAAUCCCUCAGUUCUACAUUUCCUGCGCGCAGGUCAAGGUCUCGGGUGGAAGCGGUAGCUACAACCCCGAGACUGCCUUGAUCCCCGGCGCGUUCAAGGACACAGACCCGGGAUACACUGUUAACAUCUACUCCGACUUCCACAGCUAUACCGUUCCCGGUCCUGCUCCUUUGACCUGCUAGGCUAUAUUUGAACUCUUCAGUCGCUAUGAUGGAUUUCAGGAUCAUGGGAUGAGUGUGUUCUGGAUUAUACUUUCGUAUGAACAUACGGAAAGGUCUAUAUUAGGACGUCCUCCCAUUGCAAUCUACAUCUAAAUAAGAUAGAUAAUACUAGGACUACAACCCAGCUUUCCAUUGUCUCUGAUUAUAAUCUUGAAUGCUUCCGUAAAGUUUAUUCCACUUAUAGUUAAGGCUUCACAUUCAUGGUCCCUCGUGGUGAGAGCAACAAGGCUUCGAUUAUACAAUUAAGUUGAUAGAAACUUUCAUUUGAAUGUUACUGGGAAUUAUAUCUCUAUUUCAACUAGCCGAUGGUGAGAUUAGCUCGCAGAAUUGCCUUAACCUGUAGUUACUGAGAGAACUGG